UUAUUGCAGUUUGUGUGUUAAGAGUUACCCGACAACGAUCGAAUCGGAAGGAAACGAUUUCAAUGGACGAAAAGUGACAAACCAGAUAAAAAACACCACCCGGAAGAACGAACCAUCAUAGGUUGCUGGACCGGACAACAAUUACGUCCGAUGCAGCUAGUGCAGGUCCAUUCUAUGCUCAUUAAAUGGCCUAAAAAAGGGACGUGUUAGUUGACAAAAAAACCGGCCGUUUCUGCUGGUGCUAUAAUUGCAUUGCAAUACGGUACAGCACGGGAAUAUAAUUAAAAGGAACAGAAAGGGAAAGCGAGUGUGAGAUUCACUUACCCAAAAAAACACCCUCAUGUUUUUGGUCGUGCAAUUCCAAGAGGAUCAGUUUCAAUUCCAUACCAGUUGAAUGAAGAGAACGUGCGUAAAGCAGCGAAACAUGUUGGUGACAGUUGCAUCAAGUGAUCUAAAACGAGCAGAAAGUAAUAAGUGACUGUAAAUAAACUUAUUUAAAUAAAGUGAAGUAAAAUAUCCAACCCCAUUUGCUCAAGUUGAAAAUUUGAUGAUCUGAUCGCGUGUGUUCGUCGUACUGCGAUUUUAAAUUACUGUGAACGAUUAGCGAAAGAAAACGAACGGGAACGACGGAAUUUACUCGGCGUCCAUUCACAGCGUAGUUAAUGAAGUGAUCCAUCGUACGUUCCGUUAGCUUUUGCACCCUCUUCUAUUAGUUGGCGUGUUCUGUUUCGCAACAACAGCACGCGGAGCUGGCCCGAGGGAGAAUUUUAGAAAGAUGACAACCACCCUGAUGCGCCUGGUUGUGGCGUUCGUUGUGCUGCAGGCUGCCCUCGGCACCAAUCGUCAGAUCGUGACCGGAAACCCUGCGGCGGGAUCGUUCCUGAGCGUGCCGACAACGGUCAAGAGGUACGAAAACGACACCGUGCUGCUACCGUGCUAUCAUAACUCUCCAUAUCGGUAUGUGCGCUGGUCGCGGGAUGAUCUGCUGCUGGUGGACUCGCGCUAUCCAGACUUGCGGACACCACCCCGGAUGCGCCUAUGGCCGAACGGCAGCCUCGAGGUGACGGAGGUACAAACGGAAGACACCGGGGACUAUAUGUGCGAGAUCAUGACCGAUGGUGGCAAGGCUUCACAGCGGCACGCCAUCGAGGUGCAGUAUCAAGCAACGGCAGCCGUCUAUCCGGAGGAUCCGAUCGAUAUCCGUGUGGGCCAGAUUAUGGAAGUCGUAUGUCAGGUGACAGGCGUUCCACAGCCGUACGUUAAGUGGACAUUACAGAACGAAAAUGCUUCAAUACCGUUUGAGAACGAGCGUAAGCUAAGCGUACUGAUUGAAGAUCGUAGCUACUCCGGACCGGUUCAGUGUACGGCAACGAAUGGUGUUGGCGAACCGGCAAGCGCAUCCGUGGAAGUUUUCGUUCACUUUGUGCCGGAGAUUGAAGUUAAAAGUCCCACGGUACACACUCGCGUCGGUGAGACGGGUAUUCUCGAAUGUCUGGUAACGGCACACCCGAUUGCAUCGAUCCACUGGUUCCAUCAUGGGUUGCCGGUCGUGUUCGAUCGGCGCAUCGUUAAGCUGGACGCACUCGUCACCAAACAUCAGUACUACACGGUGCAGCGCCAUCAGCUGGCAAUUCGGAACCUGCGCGAUGCGGACCUUGGCCAGUAUGAGUGUAAGGCGGGCAAUCGUGUUGGCAUUGCUGGUGCCCAGCUCGAGCUAACCGGACGUCCGAUGGUGGCAAGCUUUAAGCCGGCGGCUGAAAUGUCCUCCCCGACGACACACAACUUCAUCUGGCAGACGGAAAGCUACUCGCCGCUGAUCGAGUAUAAGCUCAAGUUUCGCCGAGUGCCUUCGGGCAAUGUAACCCCGGCGAGGCGCAACUUCCCGCUGCUCGCCUGGAACGAGCUGAUCAUACCGUCGGACGGUUCGUACGGUCCGCUACAUUCGAUCGGCUACACGUUGCAGGGUUUGCAGCCAACGAGCGUGUACGAAGUGAUCGUACUGUCGCGCAAUCGUUACGGUUGGAGCGACCCAAGCAAUAUACUGCGAUUCGCUACCGGUGGCGAGGUCGAAAUAGAACCGGGCAACGAAGAUACGUCCGCAUCCGUGAUGCCUUCGUCCUCUAUCCAGACGACGGAAACACUCGAGUACAGUGAGUCGGAAGCUGGUAGCUACGGGGACGGUGGUCUAAUUACGGACAAUAUGAUACCGAACGAUUUCUUCGAUUAUGGCACGGGCAGUGAAAGUGCAGCAUUUCGGCUAUCACCCAUUUUUACAUCCAGUUCACUUUUACUAGCAGCAUUCGCCAUUUACAAGCUUUUUGUAGAAAUAAAACAUUUUUGAGAUCUGUAAAGAAAGACACAAAAAAGAGAAUUAAUCAAGAACGUCUUAGGGUGCCGUUUAAUUGCACGAACAAUCCAAUGCCCUUUUAUGUGACUCACCACUCAUCUACUUAUCCGUCGUUGUUUCCAUCGGUGACAAAGUUCAAUCGGGUGCUUCAACCGUUCACCAGCCGUAGAUCGUUUUCUUCUAAAUGAAUUAAUUGGUCAAUUAUUUGCAACAUUUCUUCCGUUGCAGCGACAUCCGCGACCGUGGCAGCAAAAAAAAACGUUCCUUUUUGCAAUGCACGCCACUGG